AUGGACAUCAAAUCACUGUCGGACGUGCAAAAGCAGAUCUUUCAGAACUUGGUUGAGAAGCUGAUCGCACGUAACAAGUUUCCUCCCAGCGAGGCCGAAGAUGUCCAGAAACUGUUAGAGAAUGUGCGUGAUGCGAAAAACUUCCACAAGAUCAUGGAAAAGCUGAAGGAGUGUGGCCAGCUGGACGUAGAUAUCGAGGAAAACUUUCGCGAAGAGAACGGAUUUUUCCUCAAAGAUAGCGUGAAAAAGUUCGGACCCGGUGGGCAGACGCUAACUCCUCGGCACACCAUCGACGCAAUAUUAGGUUUGAAUCAUUGUGAAAAUGGAGGAGACAGCAGCGAUGCUACGGAUCUGAGCGCCUCCCCGGUGGGUCACAUCAAAGUUUGCGAUCAGCAGCAGAUGCUCGCCAAAACGGCUCCGCUAGCGAACCAAUACCUGGGCAGUCCAUCGCCGGAUAAAUUCCAGCAGCUUGCAAACUAUCAGAACCACAUCAAAAACCUCGACUUUGCUGCCUCGCUGGAUCCAUCCGGACUGGCGGCUGCUGCCGGUCAUCACCAGUCGCAUCACCAUCCGGGAGUUCUGCACCCCGGACACAACACGUUGCCUUCCCAUGCCGAGCUGGAGUACAUGAAGUCACUGAAGGAGAACAACAAGUACUUCAUCGAUCGUAACUACCGGGCAUCGCUAGCGGGAUAUGGUAGCAAUAAGUACGGAGGUGGCGGAGGAGGACCUGGCAGUGAGGAUGGAAACAGCACCGUGAAUGAUUACGAAGAUGAACUUUCCUCCCCGACGACGGGUGCUCUAAAACGUAAGUACUCGGACAACGAUGAUCACCUUCUGGAUGGAGGAAGCGGAGGCGCUGGCAGUGGUCCCGAUAGCAACCCAGUCGAAGGCUCCAUUAGCAAAUAUAGCAAACUGCAUGACUCAGCCGAUAAAUCAAUUAAGGCUAAUAGUUUCGAUUAUAUGAAAAAUUUCGAUGAUCUACGAGCACGACAAGCGGCGGCUUUCGACGCCGAGCAGCACCUUCAGCAGCAACAGCAGCAGCUUCAACACCAUCAUCAACAGCAGCAACUACAUCAGCAAACGCUCCAUCAUCACCAUCAACAGCAACAGCAUCAGCAGCAGCAUAACGUUCAAUCCCAGCAUCCUCUCCAGCAGCAGCAGCAGCAAUCACAACCUUCCUCCCAUGUGCCUCAGCUGCCCGCGGGCUCGUCGAUACACGGCACGGUGCUGCCCGAACAUAGACCUGAUGAUUAUAGGCUCGGGUCUGCAUCUGGACCUGGCGGUGGUGGUGGUGGCGGCGGAGGCGUUGGUGGUGGAGGAGGAGGCGGAGGUUCAGGCGGUCAAGAAAGCCAGGACAAGCUAGGUGGUGAGGACGGUGGCAUUAGCUAUGCGUCCAGCGAGGAGAUGAAUCAAACGACGCCCAGCGAACAGGGCGAGAAGAUGGGCUCCGGAAGCGAUGACGAGGGUGGCGAGGAUGGUUGCUCGAAGAAGAAACACCGACGGAACCGGACCACCUUCACCACCUACCAGCUGCACGAGCUGGAACGAGCCUUCGAAAAGUCCCACUAUCCGGAUGUGUACUCGCGCGAGGAGCUGGCGAUGAAGGUGAACCUGCCGGAAGUUCGCGUUCAGGUCUGGUUCCAGAAUCGACGGGCGAAAUGGCGCCGGCAGGAGAAGUCGGAAAGCUUGAGGUUAGGUCUGUCGCAUUUCUCCCAGCUACCGCAUCGAUUAUCCUGCAACGGUGCCAAUCUACCAAUGGAUCCGUGGUUAUCACCUCCUCUACUCUCCGCUCUACCAGGUUUCCUCUCGCACCCGCAGGGUGUCUAUCCCAGCUAUCUAACGCCUCCGUUGAGCCUGAAUCCGUCCAAUCUUGGUAUGGCGAACCACGGUCUGGGGCAUCCGAACGGACCACAAAACCUCAGAAUAUCCCCGCAAGGGAUGCCUACGAUGUCUUCGCCAAUGGGUGGCCCAAAUAUGCGCCUUUCCCCGCCCCAUCCUAACGGAGCCAUCGCUCCGCAGAACCUAUCGAUGGCCCCACAGCAAUCGCUCACCCCCCGACACUCUCCACUCGGUGGACACGGUGGACCCCUCGGCGGGCAACCGCCACCCCCGCAGCAUCCCCCGCAGCUCGCUUCUGUAAAUAUACCCAUAACAUCAUCACCCCAAAAUCUCUCACUAACGCCACCUGGUUUAAGAUCGCCGCCAAAUUUAAAUAGCAGUACCUCCAACAACAACACCAAUAACAACAGCAACAACAACAACAAUAUCGGCGCUGGCCACCCAAUUAGCCCGAACUCAUCCUCCUCGGCAUCGUCGCCCACUUCGUCGUUGGGGCUGAAAAUGGGCAAACUAGCCAACUUGGAUCAGCCAUCGCAGGAUAGUCCGCUGGAUGGCAGCCUGCUAGGACUGGGAAAGGAUGGCAUCGCCGGCGGGGCGGCAGCCCUCAACAUGACUGUGAAUCAUUCGACCGACAUGAGGACCAACUCGAUCGCUACCCUGCGCAUCAAAGCCAAGGAGCACCUGGAGAACAUCAGCAAGGGUAUGACUACGAUGGUGUAA